AGACGUCUUCCUGGUGCAUCCGCGCCGCGCAGGCGUACGCCCACGCAGCGACUACACGUCCCACCCGAGCGUCCCCGUCUCCUAGUAACCAGCCGCUACUCUUUUUUUCAAGACUUCUUAUUCCCGCUGCAGGUUGCCGCACCUGGAUGGAACGCGCAUGCGCAGGGCCGUGUGCCCUCCAGCCGCCCUCUCAGCUUGGGAUUACCUGCUGCUUGGUUGCCGCUGCUUUGUGCCACUUUUCCUUGGGAUCGGCACCGUUCUGGACCCACGUUCAUUGAACCUGUUACUCCCCAGAGCAGCUCUUGGGCGCUGGGAGGUUGGUGCGCUCUGCUGCCCCAGCCAGGGGCCGGGUUUCGGGGAGCCUCCCAAGUUGGGUCUUGCCGCUGCACGUCCAGGGAGAGAGCCGGCCUGUUCGAAAUCAAGCUGAAGAAACGUUUCCACUACUUUAAAGAGGUACCUGCAAACUAUAUUUAUUCAGCUGUUCCAAUGGGAUUUUCUCUUAGUAAAUCUGCUCCUCAGGUAUCAGCUAUGUGUAUGGAUUCAAAAGUGGAUGAACACUUAAUUCAAAGGACUGAGAAAAACAAGCUGGAACCAGUGACUCAGUUAUUUCAGAACACCAAGAAAAUAAGAUUAGAAGAUACAAACCAAGAAAACUUUAUCAGAAGUAAAGAGACUGCCAUGGGAUCUCUUUCAGAGAAAGCCUUGGGUUCAGUGGUUUAUGUUAAAGAAAGUGAUGGAAUAGAAAUGACAGAUGUGGAAUGAAAUUAUUGGUACGUAUUACCAAAGAAGCCAAAAAUUGCUUUUGACUAAGAGGGCAUGUUGAAUGAGAAUUUAAUCUUACUAGGAAAACCUAACAGAAUGAAGGAAGAUGAUUGCUUUUGUUUCCACUAUUUAUGAAUCACCGUAGACUGCAUUUUUUGAUGAAACAUAUUCAAAAUUGUUGCUUUAGGAAGAAAAAGCUUUCCAAAAUUCAAAGCGGAUUUCUCUGGUAUUACAUUCUAUCUUUAUCAGAAUCGGAGUUUUUGACUGACAGUAUUUAAAUAGCACCAAAACAUAUUAAUUAUAAUGUAUUUCUUUAAUAAGUGAUUUAAAAACAUAAAACAGUGCCCAAACAAUUUGACAGCAGUAUAUCGCACUAUUUCUAGUGUACUGAUUUUGUGUGUUAGAUUUCCAAUGUGGGAUUUUGCUUUAGGGGACUUUAUCUUCCUGUAUUUUUGCAUUUCUGUUCUGUGAAAGUUCACUGCAGGUAAACUCUGCAAAAGACCAGUGAACUGCAUACUUUGAGAAGUAUUCCACACUUUAAAUUAUCCUUUUAAAACUGUUAUUUUUUUCAGCCACGUUGAAUUCAUUUCAGAGUUACAAAAUAGUUAUUUCCAAGUGUAAUAAUUUAUCUGGCAGAUGCUGCCAUUUUGUACCAUCGAUAUUUAAUAUAAGUAAAUAGCCUUGUGCUAAAAAAUUGCUCUAUAUAUGUCAAUUUACCAUUCUUAUUGAAAUAUCUAGCAGUCUGAAAUAGUAGUAUUGUCCCAAGUAAUGUUAGAUGAAAUUAAAACCAUUUUGUGGGGCGGCGGAUGGCUCAGUUGGUUAGAGCAUGAACUCUCAACAACAAGGUUGCCAGUUCAAUUCCCACAUGGGAUGGUGGACCUGCAACUAAAGAUUGAAAACGGUGACUGGUUGGGCCGGCCCAGUG